AUGGGAAAGAUAAUCUUCUAUGAGGACAGAAACUUCCACGGUCGCUCCUAUGAGUGCAGCUCUGACUGUUCUGAGCUAAACUCCUUUUUUAGCCGCUGCAACUCCAUCCGUGUGGAGAAUGGAAACUGGAUGCUCUAUGAACAUCCCAACUACAGGGGAAACCAAUAUUUCCUGAAAAGGGGAGAGUAUCCUGACUUCUCUCACUGGACAAGUCACAAUGACUCCAUUAGAUCUUGUCGCAUUAUUCCACAGCACCAGGGCACAUUCAGGAUCAGGAUCUAUGAGAAGGAAGACUUCAAUGGAGCAAUGCUGGAAUUUACAGAAGAUUGUGCACAUGUACAUGAAGAGUUCAGACAUCAUGAUAUUUAUUCCUGCAAUGUUCUGGAAGGCCACUGGAUUUUCUAUGAAGAACCCAACUAUAGGGGGCGCCAGCAUUAUCUGAGAUCUGGAGAGUACAGGAGAUACUCUGACUGGGGUGCAACUAACUCCAGAGUUGGCUCUUUCAGAAGAGUUCAGGAAUUCUAUUAA